GGGGGAGAGAGAGCCGAGGCCGAGGCGAAGGAAAUGCACCAAUCAGCGGCUCCCCCGGGCUCACAACUGUCGGCGGCGCCCGGAAAACAAGCGGGUGCGCGGGGGACCCGGGGCCGGGGCCACCUCGCUCCGGCCUAGCCCCGCGGCCCUCAGUGAGGCCCCGGGGUAUGCUCGGGACCCCCCGCGGCUCCAGCACUGACGCCCGGGCCUCAGGUCUCUGCCCCCGCGCGGGGCCCGGGCCGUGUGGCCGGAGGGAGCGGCCGGAUGGAGCGGAGGAUGAAAGGCGGAUACUUGGACCAGCAAGUGCCCUACACCUUCUGCAGCAAAUCGCCCGGAAAUGGGAGCUUGCGCGAAGCGCUGAUGGUCCCGCAGGGGAAGCUCAUGGACCCAGGCUCCCUGCCGCCCCCCGACUCCGAAGAUCUGUUCCAGGAUCUAAGUCACUUCCAGGAGACGUGGCUCUCUGAAGAUGCAGCUGCCGGGGCCCUGUCCCCCUGCACCGUCCCAGCACCACCCCAGCCUCCUCUCCUGCCUCUUCCCACCAGACAGAUAAACUCCACCUUAGUGCCAGGAUGGAGUUGGGAGCAGACCCUGGCACGUUGGCUUGGCAGCCAAAGGUCAACAAACAAAGAAAAGUGGCUGACACUCAAGACCAAACAUGCUCAGGUACCAGACAGCGAUGAGCAGUUUGUUCCUGAUUUCCAUUCGGAAAACUUAGCUUUCCACAGCCCCACCACCAGGAUCAAGAAGGAGCCCCAGAGUCCCCGCACAGACCCGGCCCUGUCCUGCAGCAGGAAGCUGCCCCUCUCCUACCACCAUGGCGAGCAGUGCCUUUAUUCCAGUGCCUAUGACCCCCCUAGACAAAUCGCCAUCAAGUCCCCCGCCCCUGGUGCCCUUGGACAGUCGCCCCUGCAGCCCUUUCCCCGGGCAGAACAGCGGAAUUUCCUGAGAUCCUCUGGCACCUCCCAGCCCCACCCUGGCCAUGGGUACCUCGGGGAGCAUAGCUCCAUCUUCCAGCAGCCCCUGGAUGUCUGCCACUCCUUCACACCCUCUCAGGGAGGGGGCCGGGAACCUCUCCCAGCCCCCUACCAACACCAGCUGUCGGAGCCCUGCCCACCCUACCCCCAGCAGAGCUUCAAGCAGGAAUACCUUGACCCCCUGUAUGAACAGGCCAGCCAGCCCAGCCAGCCGGCAGUGGGCCAGGGUGGAGUCAAUGGGCACAGGUACCCAGGGGCGGGGGUGGUGAUCAAACAGGAGCAGACGGACUUCUCCUAUGACUCAGAUGUCCCUGGGUAUGCGUCAAUGUUCCUUCACACAGAGGGUUUCUCCGGGCCCUCUCCAGGUGAUGGGACCCUGGGCUAUGGCUAUGAGAAACCUCUGAGACCAUUCCCAGAUGAUGUCUGCGUCGUCCCUGAGAAAUUUGAAGGAGACAUCAAGCAGGAAGGGGUGGGAGCCUUCAGAGAGGGUCCACCCUACCAGCGCCGGGGUGCCUUGCAGCUGUGGCAGUUUCUGGUGGCCCUGCUGGAUGACCCAACGAAUGCCCACUUCAUCGCCUGGACCGGCCGAGGGAUGGAGUUCAAACUAAUUGAGCCUGAGGAGGUCGCCAGGCUCUGGGGCAUCCAGAAGAACCGGCCAGCCAUGAAUUACGACAAACUGAGCCGUUCACUCCGAUACUACUACGAGAAAGGCAUCAUGCAGAAGGUGGCUGGAGAGCGUUAUGUGUACAAGUUUGUGUGUGAACCAGAGGCCCUCUUCUCUCUGGCCUUCCCAGACAACCAGCGUCCAGCUAUCAAGGCCGAGUUUGACCGGCCGGUCAGUGAGGAGGACACAGUCCCUUUGUCCCACUUGGACGAGAGCCCCGCCUACCUCCCAGAGCUGGCUGGCCCCGCCCAGCCCUUUGGCCCCAAGGGUGGCUACUCUUACUAGCCCCUGGCAGCUUCUCCCCUGCCGCCAGGGGUGAUGCCCUGUGUACAUAGAGAUGAAUUUGGUGUCGGGGAAACCCCCACUCUGAAACCCACAGAUGUCUUUGGAGCAGAUCCCCUCUGCCCAUCAGUCACUCUGGCCCAGACGCUGAGCUGCUCCCCAGUCCACGGGAAGGGAAAGUGGAGACACUGCGAGUGUGAAGGUGGUGUCUCAGAAACUCCUCCGGGGGCUCCACCUCUGGCCUCUUCCUAGGUCCUGCUUAGAGGCCAAGCCCCACUCCCUCUCCCCCAUCACAGAGAACAAGAGAUUGUUCUCUUCUGGGGAGCGGAAAAGGAGCUUCUCCACUUCAUCCUGGUGGAAAGGGGGGACAUUGAGCUCCUCUGAUCUCCCAUGGUGGGAAGAAAGCAGCCAGAUCCUGCGCUCCACUCCAAGCUGUGGCCCUGGAGGGACCUGCUUGGCAGUUCUUGGUGCUCUGUGUUCCCAGAGGCAGGGGGAGGCUGGAGUGAGGAACCUGGGAUAGGGGAGGGCUUGCUGGGUGUAGGCCGGGAGGGCUGGGCUUUGCUCCCGGGACCCUCUGCCUUUUCCUAGGCCCAGGCCUGGGAUUUCACCUCCACCUCCACUACAUCUGCCAGACCCUAAUAAAGGCCCCUGCUUCU